GAGGAUUUCCUCUCCACAAGCUCCACUCUGUCUCGAGUUCAUUCAUCCGCACAACGGUCGAGCUUGAUCAUCAGCAUCCCCAGGAACAAGCCGCUGGAUUGUGCGACUGUUAUUGACGUUCCAAGGGGCGUUGAAUGUUUGUGCGCAGCCUUAUGUUUGUUGCGGAAUCCAAGCUGCGCUGAUUUUGGUCAUCGAGCUUGGAGGUUUGCAGCUAUGGCGGUGGCGAUGGGGGCUAGAACCCUAACAUCAGCGUCGACGUCGCUGGUGUUGCCCAAGUCGUUGUCCAAGGGGGCAGCAUCUGCUCUCCUUGGUCAUGUCAAGCUAUGGACGAGUGUCAAGGUUGGGGGUUCAAGGGCAAUGUGCACAAACUCCUCCGGGGUUCGCCGGGGUGGUAUCGCCAGGUCUGCAGUCUCGGAGGUGACGGCUUCCAAAAUCGGUGCCAUCUCCACGGAGGGCUUGCCCGUGAAGGCUUUAAUGGAAGUGCUGGACGCGGCCGGUCACCGGGGCGCCGAGGUUAUUAUGGCUGCACUUGACAAGCCGCGAAGUAUAGAUUAUAAGGGCAAGGCUGACCUUGUGACAGACACGGAUCGUAAUACGGAGCUUGCAAUUUUAGAGGUCGUCCGGGAGAAAUUUCCAGAUCACCUUAUUUUGGGUGAAGAGGGUGGCGUGAGCGGAGACUCAAACUCUGACUACCUCUGGUGCAUAGAUCCCUUGGAUGGCACCACAAAUUUUGCUCAUGGCUAUCCUUCCUUUGCUGUCUCAAUUGCCGUGCUUUAUCGAGGGCGGCCUCUUGCUGCCACGGUGGUGGAGUUCGCGGGAGGACCUUUUGCAUGGGUAACGCGGACAUUCACAGCAUCUGCAGGAGGGGGAGCAUUCUGCAAUGGCCAGCGCAUUCAUGUCAGCAGCAAUGAUAUGGUAGAGAGGUCUCUAUUGGUGACUGGAUUUGGAUAUGACCAUGACGCAGCCUGGGAAACGAACCUUGAACUAUUCAAGUACUACACAGACACUAGUCGGGGUGUCAGGAGAUUGGGUGCAGCUGCGGUAGACUGUUGUCACGUUGCUCUUGGUAUUGCUGAUUCUUACUGGGAAUUUCGCCUCAAACCCUGGGAUAUGGCUGCUGGUGCUCUGAUGGUAGAAGAGGCUGGAGGAAAGGUGACGCGUAUGGAUGGUGGGCCUUUCUCUGUCUUUGAUCGUUCUGUCAUCGUCAGCAACGGAGCUAUUCAUGACAAGCUGUUGGAAAAGAUUCAACCCGCCACCGAGAAGCUCAUUGCGGAUGGAUUGAACUUUUCCCAAUGGUUGAAGCCCACUGGCUAUAACUCAGAUGUGUAAGACAACAGUUACUUCUACAGUGUCCUAUCUCUGUUAACGAUCAGUGGUCAGAUUUUGUUAGUCUAUUAUCUCUGAAGUCACUGCUUAAUAAGACUGGAUCUCCCCUUUUGAGACUUGUCUCUGAACCUUCUUAAGCAUCUCCAGAUCAAGGAGUUUUACAUGCUUUCAAAAGAGGCAUUUUCUAAAACGUGGACGGACCAUAUGCUUGUCAUUUUCACUCUCUAGUCUCAAUUCUGCUAUCAGGCUCCAUUUUUUAA